AUGUCAGAAAUCAUGAGUUCUGAGAUUACGCCCGAUUCUUUUCUCAAAAGAUGGCACAAGCGAAAUGCUUGGAUUGAAAGCCCCGCUGAAAAUAAUCAGUCAGUCCGCAUUAGCUACAUCGACUGCGAACCUCCAUCUACCAGGGUCCAGAUAGGGGUUAUAAUACUAAUCCACGGAUUUCCGCAAUCAUCAUAUCAAUUCCGACACGUGAUACAGCCUCUCGCUGAUGAGGGAUUCCGAGUCAUUGUCCCCGACUAUCGCGGAGCUGGUCAAUCAUCGCAUCCGGCCCAGGAUUUUAGAAAGUCGACAAUGGCUCGUGAUAUUUUCUCCCUUGUCCACGAUCAUCUCGGCAUAACGCAGACUGUUCAUAUAGUCGGACAUGACAUUGGGGGUAUGAUUGCGCAUGCAUAUGCCAUGCAGUAUUCCCAUCAUGUGGCUAGUGUGGUUUGGGGUGAAUGCCCGCUCCCUGGAACUUCGGUUUACGAGAUGAACAAGAUCAUGCCUGAGCAGUUUCACUUUGUGUUCCACAGUGUACCUGACGAUUUGGCGCUGUCUCUGGUGACUGGAAGGGAGAAGAUAUACCUGAAUCAUUUCUUUUCUAAACAGAGCUUCAACGCCCUGGCGAUAUCCUCGGCUGAUCUGGAAUUUUAUGCACUGCAAUACUCGCAGCCGGGAGCGCUACGUUGUGGUUUUGAGGUGUACCGGGCGUUUGAGGAAGAUGCUCGAGAGAAUCGAGAAAGCUUGCGCCUAAAGGGUAAAUGUAUGCGACCCGUGCUCAUUCUCAGUGGCUCGCAGAGCCGACAUGCACAUGAAGCCAGAGAAAUGAUAAAAGAAGUGUACGCUGGCGACAUCCGGGUUGAAGAGGUCGAAGAUUCUGGUCACUUUAUCGCCGAAGAGAACCCCGAGGGCUUUCUACGGACCGUCUUGGCCUUCGUUCACAAUAAUGUGUCCAAAAAGUGA